GUUCCUCUCAUUCGUGCGUAUGCGUUGCGCUCGAGAUCUCGUCGUCGUCGUCGUGGUUUUGGUGGAUUGAUCCGAUUCGAGUAUUUUCAUCGGGAAAAAAAAAUUCCUCGCGCCGUGCGGUUCUCUUCCCUUUUUCACGGAUUCCGGAACUGUCGCUCGCGUUACGGACAUCGCGAGGAGUGCGCCGUGUUGAUCCGGCCGUCGUUCGUUCCCGCCGGGGACGGAUUCCGUGGGGCACCAUUUUUCUUUUUCUUGGCGUUUUUUUUUCUGGUCUUCCUCUUCGCUCGGAUCUUUCCGGCAGAGGAGUGCGGUCAAAGUGAACCAGAACGAUCCGGAGCAGAACGGGAGCGGUGGACAGUUUACCGGCGGAACCGGAAGUACCAGUGAAAAGAGUGUGUUGCGUGGAGCGAUCGCAUUUUGGGGAAGGAAAAUUCCUUGAAAAAAGUCGUGUGGUGGUGUCCACCUUCUUUUGUUCAUAAAGGCGAAAAGGUGCACCAGCUGCGGUAAGACAUUGCGUCUCGGACAACCUGGCAUGUGACGGUGGCUGUGCGGACUUGAGAAGAUCCAGGAUCAAAGGAAGAGAAUGUGUCACAGUGAUUGAACUGAAUUGAGAAGAAGGUCAAGCCCGUUGAACAGUGGUUGGGUUCUGUGUGGAGGGGUUAUUCUCGGGGGGCAGUUUUGUGGACAUCUGGAAAAGUGCGUUUGUGUGUGAGUGCAGAAGGGGACACCGAGGAAAAAGGACAAUAGUGCGGAGGAAUCGAAACGGCGAUCGUUCCGCGGGAACCGAGUGGAACGACAAGUGGUGAUGGAUCCGGCGGUCGCUUGGUUUCAGGAAGAGCAGGAAGGACCGGCCAAGCGCAUGUGGAUGGGCAUUUGGGAAACGACGGCCGAGUGGGACCCCCCGUUGACGAUUCCGGUGGAGAACCAGAAGCCCCAGCGGGCCGGCUCAGACAAACCGAACCGCGGCGUGGGCGAAAACCGGCUUAUUAAUGCCGCCGGAGGUGGUGGCAACGGCGGUGACGACACGCACCACCAUCCGGCACAUCUCAAUCAUCACCACCAUCACAGCAACGCGUUGACGGAAAACAAUAACAACAACAACAGCAGCAACAACAACAACAACGGUGGUGGCACCGGAAAUGGCAACAACACGCCGACAACGGGAGGCGGCGGCGGCGGCACCAUUCUAGUCAACAACAACGAGAAGAACUACAAUCCGACGCGGAAGAAAGCUGGCAGCACCGGCGACAACAAGGCCAGCACUUUCAACAUGAACAAGCAGCACCACCGGUUGAUCGGUGCCCACGGGGGUUGCCCGUGGCGUCCGCCGGGCUACAAGUACAAGCGGGGGAUUGUUGGACUUCACGAGGAGAUUGAGCAAUUUUACGCCCACAUGAUACCGACGGGGACGGAGCACACCCUGCGGGUACAGGUGGUGGCCCGGAUAGAGGCCAUCGUGCUGAAUCUCUGGCCGAUGGCCCGGGUGGAGAUGUUCGGUUCGUUCCGGACCGGACUGUACCUGCCAACGAGUGAUAUCGAUCUGGUCGUGAUUGGACGGUGGGAGAAGCUUCCGCUGCGGACGCUCGAGAACGAACUGAUCAGCCGCGGCAUUGCGGAACCGAUGUCGGUGCGCGUCCUGGACAAGGCAUCGGUGCCGAUCGUGAAGCUGACGGACCGCGAGACCCAGGUCAAGGUGGACAUUUCCUUCAACAUGCAGUCCGGGGUGCAGUCGGCCGAGCUGAUCAAGGACUUUAAGCGCCAGUACCCGGUGCUGGCCAAGCUGGUGCUGGUGCUGAAGCAGUUCCUGCUGCAGCGUGACCUGAACGAGGUGUUCACCGGUGGCAUUUCGUCGUACUCGCUGAUCCUGAUGUGCAUCAGCUUUCUGCAGCUGCACCCGCGGGCCAACCAGAGCCAGACGACCAACCUGGGCGUGCUGCUGCUCGAGUUUCUCGAACUGUACGGACGAAAGUUCAACUACAUGAAGACUGGAAUUAGUGUUAAAAAUGGUGGCCGAUACAUACCCAAAGAAGAGCUGCAGCGCGAGAUGAUCGACGGUCACCGGCCGAGCUUGCUCUGCAUCGAGGAUCCACUGACGCCCGGCAACGACAUCGGUCGAUCAUCCUAUGGUGCCCUCCAGGUGAAGCAGGCCUUCGAGUACGCGUACAUUGUGCUGAUGCAGGCCGUCUCGCUCAACAAAUACUUCAACGACUGCACCCGCCAGAGCAUCCUCGGUCGGAUAAUCCGCGUCACGGACGAGGUCAUCGACUACCGGACGUGGAUCAAGGAAACCUUCGAGUCAAGACUGAUUGCGGCCCAGGCCAUUGUACCGACGAUACUGAACGACCCGCUCAACCCGCACCUCUCACUACACAUUCAGCAGCAGCAGCAGCAGCAGCACCUCCACCACCACCACCACCAACAGCAGCAGCAUCAGCACGUGCAACAACAACAGCAGCAGCAACAGUACAGCUCGCGGCGGAACAGCUACAGCGUAGACACGUCCGAGGACAGCAUAGACAGCGACGGGGACUCGAACUCGGCCUCGCGGGACAUUUCGCCGACGAGUAUGAACCGGUCACCGGAGUUGCAUCACCAGCAGCAGAACGGCGGAACUAUUGUGCUGACGACGCAUAUACCGACCCACCAGCACGCGGAGGUGUUGAUCGAGGACUUUGCGUUGGUGCAACAACAGCAGCAGCAGCAGCAGCAGCAGCAGCAGCAACAGCAACAACAACUACUGGACGGAAUCAACGAGAACCAGAUGAUUAGCUAUAAUAUGAACAACCGACGGAGCGCCUCUUCCCCGCAUCAGAUCGUAGGCCAGGGCGGCAAGGCAGCCCUGAUGAACAUCUACACGCCUCGCGCCAGCUCGGAGCGGAUGUCGCACGGUGAUCGCGGCAACAACAACAACAACAACCAGUCCAGCAACAUCCGUCAGCACAGUAAACACCCCCGCCGGUCGGUGAUGAACAACCUGGGCCAUUACAUCAUCAACCCGCAGAGCGCGAUGCAGCAGAUGAACAGUGCCAACAACGCCAAGCAGCAGCAGCAGCAGCAGGACGUGCAAGACCAGCAACACGGCAGCAGUAACAAUAACAACACGGUCGUAGUGAUUAAGGACGGUCCGGAGCGGAAGCAGAGCCAACCGUUGUACAGCAUGAGCCAGAAAAAGUCCCAGUCGCAGAUUCUGGUGACGACGGUGUCGGCGGCGGUCGCGUCGACGGUGGCCGCCAACAACGCCGCCAACUCGUCCUCGUCGUCCAAGCGCAAGAAGACCAUCUCGCCGACGGACAAAAAGGGCGGCCCGAUCGGAGGUGGGGGCAGCAACAGCGGCAGCGGCAUGGACAGCCGAUGAUGACUGCACGCGAGGCACCAGCACUGUGCGCGGUACGUGCACUAUUGCUUCUAAAGUCACACACACACGUUCUCUCAUUCAGUGUGUGUGCGUCGUUUUCUUUGUAAAUAUUUGUCCCGGUUGAACCGCGCGCACUCUACAUUUAAGACGGAAAAGUUACUAGAACGUUGGCUAGUACAUGCUGAAAAGAGAGAGAAAGAGAGAGUUAUAGUGAUUUAAAACUAUAUACAUUAUAUAGGCUUAAACUAAGCAUGUGUGUGUGUGUGAAGGCGCCCCCGAAAGAAGGUAGAAGUAUUAGGUAAGGCUUUCUUCACCAUUUUUGCGCUGUUUCGUUUCCGCAAAAGCCGCCAUCGUCGUCGUCGUCGUCGCAGACAUCUUCACACCCCCACUCAGAAAUUGCGCGCCGCACGCACGCACUCGCAUAUCCGGGAAUUGAGUUUUUUUUUUUCGGAAAUCGUUGGAUCAUUUGACAAAACAAAAAAAAAAACGCCGCGAUUGUUAAGUGUGCGUGUGAUUAAACUUUUCGUCGUCCUGAUUUUAAUUGAGUAUAGAAAAAAAAACAAACAAAAAAACAACCAACUAAAUCACUGAUAGAGUAGUAGCAGCAGCUGUAGUCACAAGAUGAGGAAACAAAAAAAAAAACACGUCGUGUAGCCAAUUAUUAAGAGAGAAGAGCGAAAAAAAGGGAAAGUGUUGGUUUUUUGCGAGCUCCCAAUAACGUAAGGCAAUAAUUAUGAUCACGGAAGAAGAAGAAGAGGAAGUCAAACGCAGAGUGAGAGAGCGUUUGCAAAGCAGGAAGAAGCAGCAGCAAGCGUCGACCCCAGGGCGGAUCCCCCCACCAGAGAAGGUCUAAAGUUCCGGUUUAUACCAACAACAACCGACAACAACCUAUCAUUAUCGAUUGGCGUUUCGUUUCACUCAUGAUACAAAACACUAUUAGAAAGCAAUGAAACUGAACAUCAAAAAUAAGCAAAAAAAAAAAACUCAUAAAAAACCUAUAAAUACGUAGCUAUAGAGAACAACAAGUACCCAGGAAAGCAUUCAAAAAACACUAAGUUAUUAACGUUUUUGUAAACUUGAAAACUUCACACUCAUACACACACAAACACACGUACACAGUAUGUAAAACAAUCCACUAAGUUUAAGUACAAUAUGAGAUGAAUUAUUUAUAUUUAAAUCGCGGCACACUGUAUGUAUAUGAUUUUUUUUUUCUGUUAGACUUUUAAUGUGUAUUUUAAAGGAUGUCUUUUUGCCCUAGGAAAAAACCAACCAACUACUCACACAAGCUCUUUUUUUAAGUAGGAUUUCAUUCGCAAAAUAGUUGUUAUCGGUUAAAUAAUAAAGCCCUUUGUGUGACGCGAAAAAAAACCAACAAACGUCUUGUGGAACUAGCUACUCUGACAACCACACACACCGACCAGUUAGUAUAAAUUUACCAUACAAUCGUUCUCAACAUUGCUACCCUUUUAUUAUUGCUCGUAGUAGUAUCGAAACGUUAUAAAAAAAAAACUCCAAAAGCCCCCGCCUCCUCCUCCUCCUCUGCAAAUUUGCAAUACAAAACAAAAAGUUGAAUUUGACAUGGCUUGCUCUACUUACUUAACAAAACAAAGCGAAUCAUUUUUAAAUACAAAUCUUCCACACAAAAAGAAAACCAAACAACCGCGAGAAUGAAGCAAUUGGAAGUGAAGGACGGAUCGCGCGUCCGUCGAUGGUGGGAAAGAAACACGGGACACACAGACAGAUAGACAGACAGACAGAGAUGGACAGUUGAUGAAUGGGAAAAACGCAGUCAUUUCCAGUACAAAAACAAACAAAAAAAAAAA